AUGGAAACAUUGUAUUCCUUGCCGUUGCUCCACGUCGUCUACAACGGUGCUGCCAUCGUGCAGGCGACCGCUGUGCUACUGCUUGCGUCGUCACUCUACCUGUUCUACACCGUCGUCGUGAGGCCGCGUCAUAACCUCGAGACCAUCCCGCACCCGCCCGUGACCUCGAUAUUUUUGGGCAACCUCGAUCGUAUCAUUGCAGAGCCACCGGGUGUCCCCCAUAAAGAAUGGGCCCGCCAGUACCCGGGGGUGUUCAAGUACCGAGGAUUCCUCGGCGAGGAUCGACUCUGCCUGACCGACCCGGUCGCGCUCAGCCACAUCUUGCUGCAAAACGGCUAUCGGUACCCCAAGCCAAACGAAGUGAGGGGGAACUUGUCCAGAAUUUUGGGAAGGGGACUCCUUUUUGCCGAAGGUAUGUCAAAGGAGUGUCAAGCUCACCGCCUCGGAGUUAUUGAAAAAUUUGCUGACUGGAAAUGGACCGGUCCCGCUUGCUUGACGGGCUCAGGCGAUGAUCACAGGCGACAGAAGCGCAUUAUGAAUCCUGCCUUUUCGCCUUCUACUCUACGCGAUCUCUUGCCCACGUUUUUCGAGUCGUCCUACAAGCUGAGGGAUCGCUGGACUGCUCUGAUCGACACCGCUGAGUCGGAUGCAACUUCUUUCUCGUCAAGCGAGAAAGCGGACGAGUAUGCCAAGUCACACGAGGAGGGUGAGGUCAUGCUCGAGGUCACAAAGUGGCUGUCUCGGCUGACGCUGGACAUCAUAGGCAUGGGUGAGUUGACUCCUUUAGCUCUGAUCUGUCAAUCUCAGGUCUCGCUCGUGCUCAUGGCGACUGUUUCGAAUCCACGCAGCCGGAUUCGGCUAUGAUUUUGGUGCUCUCUCGGGUCAAAAGAACGAACUCGGCGAAGCAUUCCAGCUUAUGCUGUCUGGCGGAGGCGCUAUCCAAAAGACGAUUCCGCUCUCGCAAAUCGUGAUUGGUCGAAUCCUUGGACGCCUAGCUACCGCUCUACCGAUUGUCAAUGUGGCGAAAUACAUCCCGAAUAAGCGCGUACAGGCAGUGAGGAAGGGGUUUGAGACGAUGGACUCGGAGAGCAGGAAGAUUGUCGAGGAGAAGAAGCGAGAGCUGGAGAAGGAUGGCGGCGCGGCUGCUUUGGGCGGUGGAAAGGAUCUCAUGACACUCCUCCGUGAGUAUACCUGUUUUCAAUCGCCACUCGGAUCAUCUACUCAGAGAAAAAACCUCUAACCACAUUGUGUCUCCCAACGUAGUCAAAUCCAACUUGGGCGAGGCGAAAGCCAAAAUGAGUGACGCCGAGUUGCAGGGUCAAAUGACGGUCCGUGCAUUAUCAGUUUAUCCGGAAGACUAGCAAUGUUUAUCGACUAAAGAGUUGUAUUCCAUGGAAACAGACGUUUAUCCUGGCGGGUCACGAAACGGUACGUCUUCAUUCCGGGCACUGCAAUGCCAUGUCAUUUCUCAGCCCUUCGACGCACUCACCGCACAUGUGACUUGACCCUCUCAGACUUCAACUGCCCUCACCUGGCUGCUGCAUCACCUCUCACUCCGUCCCGAGAUGCAGUCGAAGCUGCGUCGCGAGAUCCGAGAAGCUCGGGCGCACGCGACCGCGGAACAUGGUCGACAAGAACUCAACACUGACGAUCUGAACGGGCUAGCUUACCUCGACGCAGUUUGCCGAGAGGUGCUGAGAUUCGAGCCUCCUGUUUCUUUGACGAGUAAGCUAUGAGUUUCCAUUGCAUGACAAUCACGUUCCCUAACUAACCCAUUCUGGGUCCUUCUCGCGUGCAGUUCGCAGCGCCUCUGAGGACGAUUCGAUUCCCCUUGGUACCCCGGUCACGGCUACGAACGGCAAGAUGAUCAGUUCGGGUCAGUUGGCAGCCGAGUUCGUACCGCUAUGUUUCAUUGCGUUCGAAGCUGACUGAUUACAGUCCACUUGUUUGGCAUAUUUGCUCGUCAGUGGAAGUAAAGAAGGGUCAGGUCCUCGUCGUCUCAAUCGCGGCCAUCAACACCAACCCUGACGUCUUCGGUGACGACGCAGAGGAGUUCAAACCCGAGCGUUGGCUUGUCAAAGAAGGCGAGCAGGGAUCAAUUACCGGCAAUACGGGGGUCUAUUCGAAUAUGAUGACGUUCCUCGCUGGGCCAAGAGCUUGCAUCGGAUACCGAUUCUCGUGAGUUGCUAGCCUUCAUUCACUUCAGGAGUCCGCAGUGUUUUGCGACAGCACGCUGACACUACGAUACUGGCGGCUCUGACUAUCAACUUGCAGACUGCUCGAACUCAAGGCGUGAGUCUUGUCUGAGCCUUUCGAAGACCUGAACUCCAUAUCUGACAAUCCAUCCACCCAACCAGCAUCGCCUCGGUUCUGCUCGACUCAUUCUCCUUUAGCCCGCGCGAUGCGGACGGCAUGGCUUCCAAGAUCGAACGACGUUCCCAAAUCGUCACUAGACCUCUCAUUAUUGACGAGGAGCAUCUAGGCCAUCGAAUGCCAUUGAGGGUUCGCGUCUCAGAUAGGGAGGGAGAGGAAUGA